GAGUUCAGCUCACUGAACCUUUAUUCGGUAUCUGCUUCGGUUCAGAUUUUUAAAUUGGCCCCCAGCCGUCGCUCUGUGUAACCUGACACUGAACGGGGCAGGGCUGGUUUUUCAUUCGACCCACCUAUGUCAUAGGUUGGUGUCGACUACAUUUCUCUCUCGGGUGGGGCAGGUAUUCUUAUCUAGCAGCCGUACUUUCACCGUCGGAUUCCUCGCUCCGCGCAAAGACGCACAGGACACAAGCACACCCUGCUCGGACGGACUCCCUUUCACCCAGGUUGUUGAGUGUUUUUUUCUUGCCCUUCUCCAUACACAUUCCGAUCCAAGAUGUUCCGCUGUGGGAUCGAUUACAGACGGUGUAAGUGUAUCAUGCCCCUGCUGGUGCUGUUCGCCAUCAUUUUUGACAUAAUUGCCAUCGCGGCCCAGUCCGGAUGGGUCGAGGACGAGAACCAAGAGUCUCACUAUGCCAGCAUGUGGCAAGAGUGCCGAUCCAGGAAUAAAAAAUGGGAGUGCAAGUCCCUUAUGGAUUACGGUUGGGCACAGGGUGUGGCAGCUCUGAUGAUUAUCGGCCUCCUCAUCCUGAUCGUUGCCUUCAUCAUUUCCAUCGUUGCCAUGUGUAACCCUGGCAAUUGCUCUUUUCAGAGCGUUGCAAUAGUGCUAUUUAUUGUUGCAAUCAUCCAGAUCAUUGCUCUGAUCAUCUACCCCGUCAAUUUCAACGAGAAUAUCUUCGAGGGCCAGUAUAACUACACUUGGGCCUACGGGUUCGGAUGGGGCGCCACCAUCAUCUGCUUGGGCUGCAGCUUCAUCUUCUGCUGUCUGACUAGAUACAUAGAUUACAUAGAUGGUAGUGAGAAGAUCAAGUACAUCUAUGAAAAGUAAAUCUUCCUACCUGUCCAGCUACAGUAGUUUCCACCCCUCUCACUGUCAACUGGGUCUCUUAUAUAUCAAUGCUGAGAAAUCUUAGUCUUGUUGAAGACUUCCCUACAAACCUAGAGGGAAGCGGACUGUGUCUGGUUCCAGCUUUAACACGUACAGAUCUUGAUUUUAGAUUCGGUCAGCAUCUCUAGACUCUUUUUUUUUUAUUUUUAUAAAGCUACACAUUUUCCAUAUUUCUUCAGCAUUUUGUAAACUAAUUCUUAAAGCAAUAACGCCCAAGUGCAAUUACCUUAAAGGGCUACUUUUGUGUAAGCCACAAGCAAUCCAGAUUUGGGAUUUUUGCACCAGAUGCACAAAUGUUUAUCAGUUCACAUUGUCCCAUGUAAUACAUUUGGUAUUUAUCAUAUCUCUAAAGCCUACCAGAAGAAGGAAGAUGCUGAAUGUAAUCUGUACAAGCAGAAAUGCAACUGUUGGUUAAAAAAAGUGUCUUUUUUAAUGAAUUUUCACAUCUGCUGUUGGUCUUAUUGUUUGUUUUUAUGUGUUUAUGGAGUAUCGACGGGAGAUAUGUUGGUUGAUGUUAUAAUAGAAUUAGAGAUGCUCUGAUACUCAGAUGCUUGGUUAAACGUCCACUGAAAUGUUCCACAGUUUUCCUUGAUUUUUAUAGUUACAAAAAAAUGUUUAUUGUAGCAAUAUGAUCUUUUUGAAAACUAUGAGAAUAAACUAAAUAUUGAAAAAUAUCGUAACACCCUAAAUCAUAUUAAAAGGUUCAAACUGCCAUGUUUAAUUAUUAUGUCAAUACUGGUUAAAAGGGAGCAAUAUACAUUUAGUUUAUUUUGUUUUAAUGUUAUAUAUUCUCUUUUGAUCAUAUUUUUACUCUUUCUGGACUUUUAAAACUGCUGGUUUGGUGAUAAAACGUAGACCAAAGUUUCCAACACUAUGACUCACUGUGUGAAAAGAAGUUGUGCCUUGGCUUUUUUUUCUCUGCGGUUAAUCCUUGAACUUUUCAUCCUACUGGCAUGACCGGUUAUAGUCACGCAGUGUGCCUAAUGUCAAGACCAAUGUCCUGCCCAGGCAUGAUCAAGUGACUUUUAUAGGCUUAUAUUUAAAAGUUCUGAAUAACAUUUCUGUUGGGUAAGUCAGUAAUUCAGCUGUUACUUUGCCCAACUAACCCGGAGCUAUUAAAAAACAUGGAUUUUAUAAUUUGGUAGAAGUUUUAACUCUCACAUUUCUGUGUUUAACGCAGGCUUUUCACUGUAAAUCAUCAGUGCUUUACUGUACUAAAGACAAAUGUAACGUUUUUUCUGCUGUUCUUUCAGGUUUUUUUUUUUUGGUAGACUGUGUAUUUUUUUUAAAAUAAAGCGUUUUUAUGUAAAGGAA